AUGUCUUUGACCACCUUGAGUGUAGGUGAAGAAUUGGAAACUAUUAUAACCGAUGAUUUUGGAUUCAAACCCGUAAAUUCUACUUUGUUAAAUCUAGUCACAACAUCUAAAGGUGGUAAUCAUGAAACAGAAGAUAAAUCACGGAAAAUCCCAUAUGUAAAUCAACGAUGUUUGAGCAUCAAUGAAAAAUACUUCAUCGUGUCUGAUGGUCUUACUAGUCACGUACGCAUUGGUGAAUUGGAUAAGUUACGUUCUAAGUUAUUUAAUAAUAAUGUCGAGGAAGACAACGACGAUAUUCCCUUUUUGUUCGAUAACGAACUACCUAAUGACACUAUCAUAAGCGUCGAAUCUUUUACUGAUAAUGUAAAUAUAUUCUAUGUUAUAACACAAUUGGGUAAAAUAUACCAAUUAGAUAUCUCGACUGGUGUGAAAAAUGAUUGGGGUCAGUCUUCAAAAUCUUUGAACACUAAUAUUGCCAUGUGUAAAAAACAAAAUGGUUCCCUAAUUAUUUUAUGUGAAAAUGGCGAUUUAUUACAAUAUAACGUUUCUACAAGUGCUUUAACUACAGUGGCUAAUAACGUCGAGUAUUUUGAUAUUUUGCAGACUGAGAAAAUUGUCUACUCCAUUAACACAGAGAUUUACAUCUAUUCUGUUAAAAGUAAAUGUGUUGUUCAAAAAUUUUCUGUAUCCAUUGAUGCCGAGGAAGAAUAUGACAAUGGUGAGCAAGAGCAACCGGAACCGUUAAAAUGCUUGGUUGUUGAAUUUAUUUCUAACAAAACAUUUUUGGUGGUGUAUGGUACUACAGAUACAAAUUCAGAAGAUGGGGACUUUUACAACCAUAAAAUAUUUAUAAUCGAUAUUGAAAACAACUCAGUUGAGCAAACAUAUGAUGUCAUUCCACCUUUUGCACAGUCAUUACGUAAGCCAACUUUAUAUAAAGCAAUUUGUGUCAAUUUGAACAACACUUACAAAGAAACCGUGGUUUUUGCAAGUUCAUGCUCUUCGGAGUUAUCAAUUAUCACAGUAGAAACGGCAUCAAACAAAAUUGCUACUCAAAUUCCAGAUCAAGAUAGUAACAGAGCUAUUUUACCAAUGGACCCAGUUACCGAUAAUGAUACUACUCCAAUUGGUAUGGCUUUAGAUUGUUGGAACACGGAUUUACCAAUUUUGUCUCCAUGCCCUGGUGUCGACUCUGCCACGGAAUUACCACUAAUUUAUGUAUUGAACAAUUUAGGCCAAUUGCAAGCUUUUGCAUUAUUUUCUAUGCAAAGUAUCAAAGAUACUACAUUGAGUUUAAAGGAUACUAUUAAGCUUUAUUCUGGGGAUUAUUUUAGUAAUACUGAGGUGGAGCAUGCUAUUACUUCCCUUGAUUCAAACUUAAUUAAUGAUAGUGAUAAACUUAAAAGCAGUACUCCCAAUAUCGGGUUAAUUGGUGAUGCUACUGUUGAAUCACCAUUUGACAAGCCUGUAUUUGGUGCACCAUCGUUUGGUUCCAUUGAAAAUAACAAUAAUACUGAAUCGUCAUUUGGUAAACCUGCAUUUGGUGCACCAUCAUUUGGUUCCAAUACAGCCAACAGCAAUAUUGAAUCACCUUUUGGUAAAUCUGCAUUUGGAACAUAUACUGCUACCGAUGAAACCAAGGAAUCGCCAUUUGGUAAACCCGUAUUUGGUGCAUCAUCGUUUGGAACAUCUACUGAUACCGAUGAAACCAAGGAAUCGCCAUUUGACAAGCCUGUGUUUGGUGCACCAUCGUUUGGUUCCAUUGCAACUAACAAUAAUGCUGAAUCACCAUUUGGUAAACCUGCAUUUGGAACAUCUACUGCUACCGAUGAAAAUAAGGAAUCGCCAUUUGGUAAGCCUGUAUUUGGUGCACCAUCGUUUGGUUUCAAUGCAACUAACAAUAAUGCUGAAUCACCAUUUGGUAAACCUGCAUUUGGUGCACCAUCAUUUGGUUCCAAUGCAACUAACAAUAAUGCUGAAUCACCUUUUGGUAAACCUGCAUUUGGAACAUCUACUGCCACCGAUGAAACCAAGGAAUCGCCAUUUAGUAAACCCGUAUUUGGUGCAUCAUCGUUUGGAACAUCUACUGAUACCGAUGAAAAUAAGGAAUCGCCAUUUGACAAGCCUGUGUUUGGUGCACCAUCGUUUGGUUCCAUUGCAACUAACAAUAAUGCUGAAUCACCAUUUGGUAAACCUCCGUUUGGAACAUCUACCACUAUCGAUGAAAAUAAGGAAUCACCAUUUGGUAAGCCUGUGUUUGGUGCACCAUCGUUUGGUUCCAUUGCAACUAACAGUAACGCUGAAUCACCAUUUGGUAAACCUGCAUUUGGAACAUCUACUGAUACCGAUGAAAAUAAGGAAUCGCCAUUUGGUAAGCCUGUGUUUGGUGCACCAUCGUUUGGUUCCAUUGCAACUAACAAUAAUGCUGAAUCACCAUUUGGUAAACCUCCGUUUGGAACAUCUACCACUAUCGAUGAAAAUAAGGAAUCACCAUUUGGUAAGCCUGUGUUUGGUGCACCAUCGUUUGGUUCCAUUGCAACUAACAGUAACGCUGAAUCACCAUUUGGUAAACCUGCAUUUGGAACAUCUACUGCUACCGAUGAAAAUAAGGAAUCGCCAUUUGGUAAGCCUGUAUUUGGUGCACCAUCGUUUGGUUCCAUUGCAACUAACAAUAAUGCUGAAUCACCAUUUGCUAAACCUCCGUUUGGAACAUCUACCACUAUCGAUGAAAAUAAGGAAUCACCAUCUGCUAAGCCUGCGUUUGGUAAUAAUUUAUUUCCAUCAUAUUCUACGUCUCUUGGUGAUAAACCCUUGUUUGGUACAGUAACGACUGAAGUAAAGGAUUCUCCAUUUGCUUCUCUAUCAUUGAAUGGUAAUUCUGGCUCUACCUUUAGUAAAGAUUCACUUUUUGAAGAUAUUACUAAAGAGAACAAUACUGUUAAAGAGCAUAAAGAAGAAGAAGAAGAAGAAGAAGAAGAAGAAGAAGAAGAAGAAGAAGAAGAAGAAGAAGAAGAAGAAGAGGAAGAAGAAGAAGAGGAAGAAGGAGAAAAAGAGGAAGGAAGAGAAAAAGAAAAAGAAAAAGAAAAAAAAAAAGAAAAAGAAGAGCAUGAUGGUGAAGAAGAUAAAGACACAGAAAGUUUUGAAAUUAUUAGUGAACCGGAAAGAGAGGAACAGGGUGAGAAAUCUGUUUCAGAUGCUAUAAUUACAAAUGUUAAGGCUCCAGAUGACGAAAACUUUUUCCAAGGAAAAGAGAACAAGCAAGAAACUGAAAGCGAACCUUUUAAAAAAGAUGUGUCGCAAAACAUACAAAAAAUAGAACCAAAUGCCGAUUCAGUUGAACAUUUAAAUCCUCCAUUCAAGACUGAAAUUUCUAAUAACGAACAAAGUGAGGAAAUUAUUGGGAAAACAGAAAAUGGUUUUAUGAAAGUGGAAUCAGAUAAAAAGGAUAUUGAAAGUAAUGCUCAUUUCCACCUUAACGAUGAUAUAUCCACUCUUUCGGAACGUAUUAUUAAAAAGGCAUCCACUAACAAAACACCAUUACCUUCACUUUUACAAGAAAAAACCUUAGGCACAGUAAAAGAAUCUUCGCCAUUUGAUAGUUUUUCAAACAUUUUAAAGCCUCCAGCUGAAGAAACUAAAAAAGUUUCAGACACUAGUGAUUUAAAGCCGUCUUUUUCAUUUACUGACGUUAUUGAUAAAGCUCAUUCAAAAAAAGAUGAGUUUGGUAAUGAACACUCGAUAAACAAACCUAAUGACGAAGCACUAACUAUUAAGGACCAGGUGGAGGAUACAUUAGCAAGAGAAUUAAACAAAUCAACAACAGAAGAGAAGGAAAAAGAGGAUGAAUCUGUCGCUGGUUCAACGGGCAACCCAAAAAAUGUUGAUACAAAUACUUUUCAAGAAGCCCCAUCUAUUUUAAACAAAAACGAUCAAUCCAAUACUUCUAAUAUUGAAAAGGAUACAAAAACAGAGACAAAAUUAGAGAAAGCAGACGCGUCAUCUCAAACUUCAAAUGAAAACACCACUGAAAUCCAUGUUCAAACAGAUUCGAUCAGUGUCAGAGAGCAAGAGGUUAAUGCUACUCCAGUGUUGAAAACAGCUGAACAGCAAACUGUCCAACCCGAAAUCGUGGAUAAUUCUAUUUUUUCGUUCGAAAACGAUAAAAGGUAUUUAGCCAGCCAGUAUCCAGUGUUAAAGAUGAAACCAUAUUACUACAAUAAUGCUAGUAAUUUAACGUCCAAGUACCAAAACCCCAUUUUGAAAACGAUUGAUGAAUUAUAUCAGCUAGUUGAAAGUGAAUUAACAGUACUUAAUGAAAAUCUACGAAAUUUUGAUGCUGUGAUAAUCGAUCAAUUGAACGUACCGUUCGACAAAGAUAUUACAUGUCUGUCUAUGGAUUAUAGCUGGAGGCUAUCAGAGGUAUCUGUUUUGAAUAAAAUUAUUUUUCAGGCGGCCAGGACCGGUGAUGUAAAGAUUGUCAAUAACUUGGCUAACAAAAUUGAUGAUUUGGAAGGUGCUCAGUCUCAUUUUUCUCUCGAGAUUAAACAAUUGAAUAAAUCGUAUGAUAUUUUACAAUUGGAAAGUAAAGUAUCUAAAACUGACGAAGAAACUUUAACCGCUUCUCAAUUACAAGUUAAAUUAAAAUUGGAAAAGAAAAUUAAAGAGUUGUCAAUACAGUUUAAUAAGAUAUCUCAGUUAUUACAAGUUUUAAAACUGUUUUCUAUUGAUCUAGAAGGUGGGGGAGCAUGUCUAAGUCCACAUUCAAAGACACAUAUUCAGCAAUUAUUUGAGGGGAAAGUUGACAGGGACACUUUAUUGAAUGAAGUUAGGAAUUUACGACAAGAAGUUUCCGCGUUGACAAUUGGUUCAACUAAUACCAAUGAUAAAUAUAAGAGAAAGGAAAAUUCAAGAAGGGAAGUUGCGUUAAUUGCCAACGAAUCAGCUUCCAUUGUUAGGGUUGCAUCUAAAAUUAAUUUCAAAAGUAAAUUAGGUGCAGCAUUUAGAAAUAAGAAGUUGUAA